AGCAGAAUGUCCUGAGUCUGUCCGACAGUCGGAUCUGCAGCGGAGCAGCACACAGGGAUUGUCCCAAGAUAACCGACGAAGAAGAAGAAGAAGAACGAGAGGAGGAGGAAGUGGAAAUACCCGCUGAUGUUUUUAUGACUCCAUCACAUCUGACUAACUCCUGAUUCUGCAGGAAACUCCCAGAAGAAGAAGAAGAUGGCGGGAGCUCUCAGGAUGACUGAGGCUCAGUUCAUCAACGGGUACGACAGCGACCUGCAGAUGAAUCUCAUGCCGUACGACUACAUCCCUCCGGUCGACAUCAAGACCGAACCGUACAUCCCAGAGACCGCUCAUGGGCCAUACAUCCAGAUCAUCGAGGAGCCCAAACAGAGGGGAUUUCGGUUCCGGUAUGAGUGCGAGGGUCCGUCUCACGGCGGGCUCCCGGGGGCCUCCAGCGAGAAGAACCGCAGAACCUACCCCACCGUCAAGAUCAAUAACUACGUGGGCCACGCUCGGCUGGAGGUGCAGCUGGUGUCUCACACUGACCCACCCCACGUGCACGCUCACAGCCUGGUGGGGCGACACUGCACAGAGAACGGGACGUGCACGGUGGACGUCGGUCCCAACGACCUCACUGCCGCCUUCAGUAACCUGGGGAUCCUCCACGUCACCAAGAAGGGGGUGGUGGAGGUCCUGAACCGCAGGCUGAGGGACGAGAGGAAGAGACAGAAGGGACCGCACUAUCACCUGACAGAGGCUGAGGAGGUGUCCCUGCAGAAGGAGGCGAAGGAGCUGGGGAAGGUGAUGGAUCUGAACAUCGUGAGGUUAAAGUUCACAGCCUUCCUGCAGGACAGUAACGGGGGCUUCACCCGGGGACUCAAACCGGUGGUGUCCAACCCCAUCUACGACAGCAAGUCGCCGAACGCCUCCAACCUGAAGAUCUCUCGGAUGGAUAAGUCGUGCGGCUCGGUGCUCGGAGGAGACGAGAUCUUCCUGCUCUGCGACAAAGUCCAGAAAGACGACAUCGAGAUCCGAUUCUACGAAGAGGACGAGGAGGGAGGCUGGGAGGCAUUCGGGGACUUCUCACCUACUGACGUGCACAAACAGUACGCCAUCGUGUUCAAGACGCCGGCCUAUCACAGCGCAGAGAUCGAGCGUGCCGUCACCGUCUUCCUGCAGCUGAAGAGGAAGAAGGCGGGCGACAGCAGCGACCCCAAACAGUUUACCUACAUCCCCCAGAUCCAAGACAAAGAGGAGGUGCUGAGGAAGAAACAGAAGCCGCUGCCUCACUACGAGCCCUGGAGAGGAGGAUCGGGGGGGUUCGGAGGAGGAGCUGCAGGAGGAGGAGGAGGAGGAUUUCAGUUCAACCCGCAGAUGAAUGGAGGAGGAGGAGGAGGAGGAGGAGGAGGAGGAGGAGGAGUCUUCUUCACCGGAGGAUUCUCUAGCUUUAGUGGAGGGGGAGGGGCUCAGAUGUCAGGCUCCACCCCUCAGACCGAGGGACAGACUGGAGGACAGACUGGAGGACAGACGGGAGGACAGACAGGAGGACAGACAGGCUCACCCCUGCAGCAGCAGCUGAUCCAGCUCGCCGCCAGCCUCCACAGCCGAGCAUCUCAGAGCGCCCGGCAGACGGCGGCCGCCCUCCUGCAGUACUGCAGCACCGGGGAUGCCCGGGUCCUUCUAGCCAUCCAGAGACACCUCUGUGGCGUCCAGGACGGCAACGGAGACACUCCUUUGCACCUGGCCAUCAUCCAUCAGCAGACCAGUGUGAUCCAGCAGCUGAUCCACACCCUGCUGAGCAGCCAGCAGCACGACGUGCUCAACACCGCUAACCACCUCCAGCAGACUCCGCUGCACCUGGCGGUGAUCACUCGGCAGGUGAAGGUGUUGGAGGGGCUCCUGAGGGCGGGGGCCGACCCCAGCCUGCUGGACGGAGACGGUCGGAGCCCGAUCCACCUGGCGGCGCUGGCCGGAGACGCUGCCUCACUGCGCCCCCUGCUGGCUCACCUGGGAGAGCACAACGCUCACCUGGUCAACGCCCCCGACUACCACGGUCUGCAGCCGCUGCACCUCGCUGUGAGGAGAGAUGGGGAGCGCUGCCUGCGCCUCCUGGUGGGGGGCGGGGCCAAAAUCAAUGCUCACGAGCUGAAGAGCGGGAACACAGCUCUGCACCUAUCAGUGAAGAGAAACCUGUUCAGAGGGGCCUGUACACUCAUCACUGAGCUGAAGGCAGAUGUGAACGCCGUGACGUUUGGAGGAAACUCUGCUCUGCACCUGGCGGCGAGUCUGGGCUCCCCGACCCUCUGCUCCAUGCUCAUUGCUGCAGGCGCUGAUAAAAACCUGGAGAACGACGAGCCGCUCUUCUUCAGCUCCUCUUCAGACGAGGAAGACGAGGAACCAAUCAGAGAGCGGGAGUUCGCCUCGCAGCCAAUCAACCCCCGUAAGAGGCCUGCGGGGGGGCACACCCCUCUGGACCUGGCCCGGUGCCAGAAGGUGAGGAGUCUGCUGGUCUCAGAUCAGAGGGCGGGGCUCAGCAGUAAGAAGAUGAAGCAGAGCACCGCUGCUGAUCCGGGGGCCCCGGCUGGGGGUCUGGACGAGGACACGCUGGCCCGGCUGGUGGAGGUGCUGAGUGUGGGGGGGGAGACCGUGGGAGGAGACGCCCCCUGGAGGAAGCUGGCGGAGAGACUGGGGAUGAUGACGCUGACCCCCCUUUACCUGGAGAGCCCCUCCCCCUGCCAGCAGCUGCUGCAGCACUACCAGCUUGGGGGGGGAGCGCUCUCUGGUCUGGUUGAAGCUCUUCAGUCUCUCGGUCUGACAGAAGGAGUCCGACUGCUGAGAGACAAACAGCUGCAGGAGGACAAGCACAGCACAGAUGCCACAGUUGACAGUGGCUUUGGCAGCCAGCCAAUGGAAGAAGAAGAGGAGCCGCCUGUGGCCAAUCAGUGACGAGCUGGAAGUAAAUCCUGUUUCAAGCAACCUCUGUACCAGCCAGCAGGAACCAGGACUCUGCAGGAACCAGGACUCUGCAGGAACCAGGACUCUGCAGGAACCAGGACUCUGCAGGAACCAGGACUCACCUGGACUCUGCAGGCACCUGGACUCUGCAGGCACCUGGACUCUGCAGGCACCUGGACUCUGCAGGAACCAGGACUCUGCAGGCACCUGGACUCUGCAGGCACCUGGACUCUGCAGGCACCUGGACUCCUGCAGGUCUGGCCCGGCUAACAGAUUUAAGCAGAGACCUGGUUUCUCUGGAGGAUCUGGACUCAAAGAUUGUAAUUUCAGUCAUGAGGGGUUUUAGAGCUUUACCCCCAAAAAGGUUUUAACCUUUGGUUUGUUUUUAAAGCGGCAGUACACCUUUAAUAUGAAUCAUAUGAGCUACAAAUCUGUGUUUACAAAGCUUGUUAGGUGCGUCUUCAGUUCUUAGGAAAGUAUGGAGAUUUCCACUGUCUUCAUUCAUGCUUUAAAAUAAAUGUUUUAAAUGUAAUAAAGUAAUAAAAUUUAGAACCUCCUUUUUGGUGAGAAACAAAGAGUCUAAAAGGUGUCAACAUAUUCGAGUGUAAAUUAAAAACACUUUUAAAGUAAACUUGUCCUUAAAAAGGCAACAUUUUGGGCUUUUAUUGUGAAAAUUAAAAUGAAGGCGUUUAAUAUAAAUCUAAACUCUUAAUGUUAUAAAACAUUAAGUCAAUUGAAUAAAAAAAGUAUCUUAUUUCCAAGAGGAGAGAUAUUAAAUCCAAACUUUAAAUGAAGUUAAUGAAUAGUAAAUCUAAUAAUCUCUCCCUUAUUUGACUUCAGGUUUAAUAAUUUUGAGUGUUUUAAUUUUAUUGUCACAUUUAGAUUUUAAUUAAUGAGGAUUUUGGAUCAUUUCUCCGUUAUGUUACUAAUACUGUGUAUUCUCUGCCUGGUAACUAAAUAUAUUCGGUAUUUAACGAAAGCAUCUCUGCACUGUUUCUGGAACUUUGAAUAAAGAACUCGUUGUUUUUGAAA